AUGCUUGAGUGCAACCGAGGCAAGCCCGUCAGCACAGCUCUAUCAGCAAAGCUAACUAAUCUCCUCGCUCAGUGGAUUGCCACCAGCUGCCGGCCCAUCAGUGUGGUUGAAGAUGAUGGGCUCGAGCUUGUUCUCCAGACGGCAACAGGUGACUCUUCUUACAAACUACCCGCGAGGCGAACUAUCAUGAGGAGAAUACAUGACCAGCACACCACAGAGAAAGCCGCAAAAGAUAAGAUGAUGUCAGAGGCGAGUUGUGUGGCGCUGACUGGGGACCACUGGACCUCUGUCAACAACGAUAACUACCUCGGCGUUACUGUACACUUCAUCGAUGCCAGCUGGGAGCUUCACUCCUUCGCUUUAGGUGUGAUGAAAACAGAGGAGCGUCAUUUUGCAGAAGCGUGUGCAAGGCAGUUUCUCUACGUCGCUAAUCAGUGGAAGAUAGCUGACAAAAUCAGCACUAUUGGAACAGACAGUGCUCCUAAUAUGGAAGGUGGUUUUGAUGGCGCACUGGCCAAGUGCCGUAAAAUGGUCGGACAUUUCAAACACAGUCCGGCCAACUCAGACGAGCUGAAUGUCCAGCAAGCCUCCCUUGGACAAGUUCAGGAGCCACUUGUGCAAGAUGUUUCAACACGGUGGAAUUCCACCCUAGAGAUGCUCAAGCGUGUGAGGCGCAACAGAGACGCACUGCACACAGUGCUGUCUCAGCAGAAGCAGAAUCUGGCCCUCCCAACAAAUGCUGAAUAUGAGAAGUUGGCAAAGCUAGAGGAACUGCUGGAGCCAUGCAGGUAUAUCACUGAGCUCCUUGGUGGGAAUAAGUAUGUAUCCUGCUCUGUGGUUCUACCUGCCCUGUGCCACCUCCAGCAUGUGAUGAAGAUCUCAGAUGAUGAUCCUGCCUAUAUUGCGCGAUUCAAGGCUGCCUUCACCAAGGACCUCAACCAGCGGAGGGAGAAAAUAAACCUGGAAUGGCUUAAGGUGGCGACUACGCUAGAUCCACGAUUUAAGGACCUUAAGUGCUUGCCCAGAGCAGAGAGGGAGCCAGUGUGGGCAAAGCUAAGUGAGUUGGUCAAGGGAGAAGAACCUGCUCUGCAGCCACUCAGGGAGGAGAACUCUGAGCCACCCAAGAAGAAAAUAGCCCUGCUAUUGAUGGAUUCAGACUCAGACUCAGACUCAGAGACACCAGAAGACAAUGCUGUGGAGAGGUACAAGGUAGAGCCCAGUGCCAGUCUAGAUCAGUGUCCACUGAAGUGGUGGGCGGAGCACACUGCUGUCUAUGCCCCUCUCCACCGCCAGUCACUCAGCCGCAAUAAUGAAGUCUGCCCUCUUACCCCAUGCCUCGCAAACUCCGGAAAACUCUGCUCCGCUGACGUCACAACCGCCUCCUCACACGGGAAAACUCGUUGA